UAUAGACGAACAUGUAGUCGUCAGAUGUACCCUCUCCCUCCGAGUCUACCGUUUUAACCAUCAUUACCGCAUUUCACAUGUCAAUCUCUUGGCAAACGCCACUAAUAUCUCAGAGAUCAGAGAGCAACAUGAACGCCACGAUCCAAGCGACCGCGCAACAAUCCCGGUUUCAUAUAGACACCCUCAACACAAGCAAAGAUAUCGAUCUGAAAUGUGUGACGCUUGCGGUAGGGAAGAACGGGGAAAAGGAGAUCCUCCUUGAUACGGAUGUCAAGCUGAAAGAAGGGCGGCGAUACGCUUUGAUUGGGAGAAAUGGUUCCGGGAAAUCCACCCUAUUCCAAGCGCUCUCGCAAUAUCUCAUUCCAGGAAUGUCCAGGUCGAUCAAGAUCGCACUCCUGUCCCAGGUAGAAGACGAAAACGAUGAGAGAGGGUCAGACGCAUCACAGCUUUCCGCUUUGGAUUUCGUCAUAAAGGGGGAUAGGGACAAGGUGCUCGCCCGAGAGCGUCACGAUGCUUUGAACAAGCUCCUCUCGGACCAAGAUGUCAAACAAGUCCACCUCUACCUCCUCCAGACCUGGUUGAUCGGUGCCGAGGAAGAUGUGAAAGAUGCGCAGGAUAUUGCGGCUAGGAGGAGCGGAACGAGAGGUAAAGCAGCUAGGUUAGAGGUCAUCAAGAAGGAGACGAUUGUGGACAGGUUCAGGGACAGGCUUGAGGGGGUACGAACAGGUGUUCCUGUAGAUGACGAGUUAGACGAUGUGCAGGUCAUGGAUCAAGCUCUGGCACUCUUGACGUCCAUGAGUCUACAGCUGGAGAGUCUUGACGUCUCUUCCCUCGGCCAUCAAGCAUCCAAGAUCCUGCACGGACUAGGCUUCUCGCCGGAGGUAAUGCAACAACCCUAUCAAACGUUAUCGGGAGGAUGGAAGAGCAGGUGUUCUUUAGCCAAGAGCUUGCUUGUCUCCAGCGAUGUAUUGCUUCUCGAUGAGCCGAGCAACUACCUGGAUAUCGAAGCCACACUCUGGCUUGAGGCGCACCUGUCUUCCGACGAAUCGGGACGAACUAUCAUCAUUACUUCCCACGACCAAGAUUUCCUGGACAACGUUGUCGAGGAGACGAUUUACAUCAGGGAUCAGCAGCUGAAGUAUUUCGACGGUACGCCUACAGCGCUCCAGGUGGAAGAGAGGAAGAAGACGAGGCGGAUGAAGACUAUGAGCGAGGCUAUGGACAAGAAGAAGGAGCAUAUCCAACAAUCGAUCCGACAAGGAGUGGCGACGGCCAAGAAGACCGGUGAUGACAACAGAAUGCGAAUGGCCAAGUCUAGGCAGAAAAAGCUGGACGAGCGUUGGGGUCUAGAACAGAGUGCCAAAGGGACCAGAUUCAAGUUGAACCGGGAUCUACAAGGAUAUCAUGUCUCCCGACGGCUGGAGAUCGUGGUCGAUCAAGGCGAACCUCCAGUUACCAUCAAGAUACCCGAGCCUCCCGAACUGAAGACCAAGGGGGACGCGGUUCAUUUCGAGGAUGUUUCCGUGCGAUACAGCCGUGCGAGUAAACCAUUGUUGCAAGAUGUCAGCUUUACCCUUGAGCAGGGCGGAAGGUGCUCGUUCAUGAGAGCGAACGGACAUGGCAAAUCAACACUGGUCAAACUCAUCUUGGGAGAAUUGAAACCGGCGUCCGGCAAAGUCACCCUUCACCCCUUGAUGCGUGUCGGAUACUUUUCGCAAGACUCGGUUUCGGAAAUGACAACGAUAGCGGCCAAGGAUGCGAAGUUGACAGCGCUGCGGUAUUUUGCACAAGAGAUGGAAAGGGAAAGGGGGUCUAUCGAUGAGGGAGAGAUACGCGCGUGUCUCGCCUCAUUUGGUCUCCAAGGCAAGACCGCGAGUGAUACGCCAGUGGCGUUACUAUCCGGAGGCCAGAAAGUCCGCCUAGUCUUCGCCUUGAUCGUUUGGAAACGACCGCACAUGCUUGUGCUUGACGAGAUUACCACGCACGUCGAUUCACCUACGUUACAAGCCUUGGGGGAGACUCUGCGAUCGUACAAAGGAUCGUUGGUCCUGGUCACUCAUGACAGAUGGUUUAAUCGCGUGGUGAUAGAAGGCGAGAAACCCAACGCAAGAUCAUACGAUAGCGAUGAUGCCGGGUCGACCGACGAUGAUACAAAUGCGACGGAGAGCCGCGCGGGGACAACUUAUCGGGUCGGCGCUGGCAAGGUCCGCCCUCUUCCACGUGGGAUGGAACAGUACGUCGCGCUGGUGGAGAAAAGGUUGAAGAAAGGGGGUGUGCUGGGAUGAUUCUUCGGUCAAAGUCGUAAAAUGAUCUAUCCAUGCAUCCUACUGGUAUGUCAACGACCAAGAAGAAAUGUACAGCCCCACCCCUCUAUUCCGUCUUCAUCCUCUUAGACUUGCUACCGCCAGAAGAUUCGACCUUUCUCUUUCGCUCCUUGUCCUUGUCUUUUUCCCGCUUCUCCGCCACGGCGGGGUCUUCAACGCCGUCUAUACCCUUGCCUGCGGUAGAUUUGCGCUUCUUGUCCUUCUUCUUCUCGCUGUUCUUGCC